AUGGAGGCCCAAGUACACAAGCCUCAUCGGAAGGCUAAAGAGAAGAAGAAGCAUACCGGAGACAAGAAUCCGAAGGCCUUUGCCUUUGCGAAUCCCGGUCGGCUUCAACGAACGGCGGCACGGUCGCACGAUAUCAAGGAGAAGCGUCUGCACGUGCCCCAGAUCGAUCGUCUCCCCGAUGAACCCCCGCCGAGACUCGUCGCCAUCGUCGGCCCUCCCGGCGUGGGCAAGACGACCCUGUUAAAGUCCCUUAUCCGCCGAUAUGCGAAAGAAACUUUGUCCGACCCUCAAGGACCCAUAACCGUCGUUACGUCGAAGAAGCAGCGCCUGACGUUCCUCGAGUGCCCCAACGAGCUCGAAGCCAUGGUCGACGUGGCCAAGAUUGCCGAUAUUGUUCUUCUCAUGAUUGACGGAAACUAUGGCUUCGAGAUGGAGACUAUGGAGUUUCUCAACGUCCUUGCGGCUACCGGUAUGCCCGGCAAUGUCUUCGGCAUUCUCACCCACCUCGACCUCUUCCGAAAACCCCAGGCCCUGAAGGAUGCGAAGAAGAGGUUAAAACGGAGGCUGUGGACCGAGCUUUACCAAGGCGCCCACCUCUUCUAUCUCUCAGGUGUGCUCAACGGACGAUAUCCCGACCGCGAAAUUCACAACCUUUCUCGAUUCCUUUCAGUCAUGAAGAACCCUCGUCCCCUUGUCUGGAGAAAUACCCAUCCUUACACCGUCAUCGACAGCUUCCGAGACAUCACCCAUCCCACCAAAGUUGAAGAGGAUCCCAAAUGCGAUCGUUCCAUAGUUCUCUCGGGUUAUCUUCGCGGAACGAACUUUGCCUCGAGUGGCCAGCGGGUCCACGUCCCGGGUCUGGGAGACUUUACCGUUGCUGGGGUCGAGGCGCUGCCCGACCCAUGUCCGACCCCGGCUAUGGAACAGGCAGCUGCCAAGGUGACGGGUAAGACGGGGAGAAGGCGCCUCGACGAAAAGGAGAAGAAGUUGCACGCGCCGAUGUCGGACAGGAGCGGACUCAAAAUCGAUGGUGAUGCCAUUUGGAUUACACGAGAGAAGGGUUUCACCUUUAACAAGGACGGCGAGAACCAAGAGCUAGGUGAGGGCGAAGAACUCAUUAUUGGCCUGCAAGGUGAGCGUAAGCUUUUGGGUCAGACCGAGGACGGCGUGCAGCUCUUCAGGGGAGGCGAGAAGAUUGGCAAAGAUGCGCUGGAAGCAGUUGAUGAGGAAGAAGAUACGGGACGAAAGACCCAUCGCCAGCCUAGGCUCGCUGCGGCGAACGACGAUGACUCCGAUCUUGACGAUGUCCCGGAUGACGAAGGCUUCGUUAGUGGUGAAGAGGACGGCGAGUCCGACGUUGAGGACGAGUUUAACGAGGGCAAGCUCGGCAAGUUGUUCCGCAACGGGAGCCGUAAUGAGAAGCCUGGACAAGACGAUGUUGCCUUUGCCGACAGUGACUCUGACCUUGGCUCAAUUUCAGGAGAGGAUGAGGUUGAUGGUGAAGAUUAUGAUGAUGAUGACGAGGAGGAGUACGACUCGGACGAAGAAGCGGCCGCUUUGCGAUGGAAGGAUAACCUCGCUUCGGUAGCAAGGAGUAUGCAUGGGAGGCGACAGACCUACCGGACUGCUGAUCUUGCCAGGUACAUUUAUGACGACUCUCUGACGCCUCGCGAUGCGCUUCGGAGAUGGAGGGGCGAGGAUGACGAAGAGGAGGGGGAGGAGAAUAUCGAGGACGAUGACGAAGAAUUCUUCAAGAAGGCGAAGCAUGAGGAAGGGGAAAUUGUUGAGGACCGCCAGAUUCCCGUCUUCGACUACGAUGAGCUUGCCACGAAAUGGUCGCAGGAAGACAUCAUCGAGUCCAUCCGCGAGAGAUUCGCGACGGCCUCCCUAAGAAGAGGAGGUGGAGACGACGACGACGACGGUGAUGAUUUCGAUGGCUUCGAUGAAGGGGAUGAACUCGAAGGGGAUGAAGACGGUGACGAGGACGAAGAUGAUGAUGACGAGGGUGAUGGGGCCUUUGAGGAUCUAGAGACGGGUGAGGUUCACGGCAACAUGGAAUCGGAAUCCCCCGAGCCCGUCGAAGACCUUGAAGCUGAGCGUGAGAAGAACGCUCGCAAGAAGGAAGAGCUCAAGAUGCGAUUCGAAGAAGAAGAUCGCGAAGGUUUCUUCAACGACAAAGCGAACGCCCGAAAGGAGGCCGGUACCACAGCAGAUGAAUUCGGCGAGGACGAAUGGUACGAUGCGCAGAAGGCCAUGAUCCAGAAGCAGCUGGAUAUCAACAAAGCGGAGUUUGAGCAACUCGACGAGAGGCAACGGAUAGCCGUCGAGGGCUACAAGGCGGGCAAAUAUGCCAAGAUCGUGCUCGAGGGUGUACCGGCCGAGUUCGUCGAGAACUUUAAGUCUUCGACACCCAUCAUCCUCGGCGGUUUGACGCCGACGGAGGAGCGCUUCGGCUUCGUCCAGGUGCGAAUCAAGAGGCAUCGAUGGCACAAGAAGAUUCUCAAGACGAACGAUCCCCUCAUCGUUUCGCUAGGCUGGAGGCGGUUCCAAACCCUACCCAUCUAUAGCAUCUCCGACUCGCGGACGAGAAACCGCAUGCUCAAGUACACCCCCGAACACAUGCACUGCUUCGGAACCUUCUACGGCCCACUCAUCGCUCCCAACACGGGCUUCGUCUGCUUCAACUCCCUCUCUGGCAACACCUCGGGUUUCCGGAUAGCCGCGACGGGCACGGUCCUCAGCGUCGACGAAUCGACCGAGAUCGUCAAGAAGCUCAAGCUCACGGGCGUGCCCUACAAGAUCUACAAGAACACUGCCUUCAUCAAGAACAUGUUCAACUCGUCCCUCGAAAUCGCCAAGUUCGAAGGCGCAGCCAUCAAGACCGUGUCGGGAAUCCGCGGCCAGAUCAAGCGCGCGCUGUCCAAGCCCGAGGGCUGCUUCCGCGCCACCUUCGAAGACAAGAUCCUCAUGAGCGACAUCGUCUUCCUACGCGCCUGGUACCCCAUCAAACCCCACCGCUUCUACAACCCAGCUACGAACCUCGUAGGCUGGCAAGCGAUGCGGCUAACAGGCGAGAUCCGCCGCGCCGAGAACCUACCGACCCCCAAGGACCGCAACAGCCAAUACCGCAAGAUCGAGCGCGUAAACCGCCACUUCAAUCCCGUACGCGUCCCCAAAGCCCUAGCGGCCCAGCUCCCCUUCCGAUCGCAGAUCGUCGAGGCCAAGAAGCAGAAGAAGAAGACGUACAUGCAGAAGAGGGCCGUCGUUUUGGGCGGGGAGGAGAAGAAGGCGAGAGCGCUCGUGCACAUGUUGGCCACGAUUCAGAGGGACAAGGAUGAGAGGAGGGCGGCGAAGAAGGAGGAGGGGAGGAAGGCGUAUAGGAAGAAGGUGGCGGAGAUGGAGGAGAUGAGGGCAGGGAGGGAGAAGAGGGAUAAGCAGGAGUUUUGGAGGAGGGAGGGAAAGAGGAGGGCUGGGUGGGACCAGGGGGGUGGGGGGAAGAAGCAGAAGGUUUGA